AUGUUGAGCCAUAAGUUGGAGAAAAAGACAUCUCUUGGAACUAGAGCUGUCAAUCAGAGUCAGAGUACAAACAAUUCAAGAAUGAGCGACAAUACCAUCUCUUCAGGUCAGACUCGUUCUGAGAGUCCUAAAAAUGAAGCAUCUCCCACUACAAAUGCAAGGCAUAGUAGUGUAGGUAAGAUCAUUAUCAUUGAAGAAGAGCCUACAGAAGAAGAAAAGAAAACUCUACGACGUGUUGGGGAUAGUCUACCAAUGUCCGCUUGGCUUGUCGCCAUUGUAGAAUUAUGUGAGAGGUUCUCAUACUAUGGCUGCGUGGGACUAUUUCAAAAUUAUGUACAAAGACCAUUGGAUGGUUCCUUGGGUCGAGGUGCUCUCGGUCUCGGACAUCAAACUGCUACAGCUCUUACCGUAUUCUUUUCCAUGUGGUGCUACUUUACUCCUCUUUUUGGUGCCAUCAUGGCCGAUCAAUAUCUUGGCAGGUUCAAAGCCAUCGUAUACUUUGCCAUCGUCUAUAUGGUUGGACUCCUCGUUCUCGUCUUGACAUCACUACCAUUUGCCCUUGAAAAGGGAGCCGGGCUAGGAGGAUUCAUCGCAGCCAUUCUCAUCAUUGGUGUUGGAACUGGAGGUAUCAAAUCCAACGUCAGUCCUCUUAUUGCUGAUCAAUAUACUCGAAAACGUAUGGCCAUCAAAAUUCUUGCCAAUGGCGAGCGUGUGAUUAUUGAUCCUGCCGUUACUGUCCAGCGCAUUUACUUGAUAUUUUAUUGGUGUAUUAAUAUUGGAGCUCUUUCUCUCCUCGCAACACCUUACAUGGAACGGGACAUUGGAUUUUGGUCGGCUUUCCUUUUAUGUUUAUGUGUGUUCCUGAUUGGUUUCGCUACACUACUUUUGGGGAGAAAAAGAUACGUUGUCCGACCACCCAAGGGAACAGUCAUCACCGAUGCAUUCAAAGUCAUUGGAACAAUGAUCAAACAUCGAAAAAUGGACGCCGCCAAACCUUCAUACCAAUACACUCACAACAUGCCCCAAACAAACCGAUGGAACGAUCAAUUCGUCGACGAAGUCAAACGAGCACUAAUAGCCUGCCGCGUCUUCCUCUUCUUCCCCAUCUACUGGCUCGUAUACGCGCAAUUUUCCAGCAACUUUGUCUCGCAAGCCGGCGAAAUGAACACGCACGGCGUCCCCAACGAUCUCUCCCAAAACUUCGAUCCCAUAUCCAUCAUUAUCCUGGUCCCCAUCAUGGAUCGUGUCAUCUAUCCUCUCUUCCGCAAGUGGCACAUUAAAUUCCGCCCUAUCUCCCGCAUCACAUUUGGUUUCAUCGUCGCCAGUCUCAGCAUGAUGUACGCAGCCAUCGUACAACACCUCAUCUACCAAGCCGGACCCUGCUACGGAAAUCCUCUCGGGUGCCCCGCUGCCAUCUUACCCGAUGGCACUAUCCAGCCCAACAAUGUACAUUUCGCAAUCCAGAUCCCAGCCUAUGUAUUCAUCGGGGUAUCAGAAAUCUUCGCCUCAGUAACUGGGCUGGAAUAUGCAUAUACCAAAGCCCCAGUAUCCAUGAAGUCGUUUGUGCAAGCAAUGUUUCUACUGACAAAUGCGUUUGGAUUUGCGCUGGGUGAGGCGUUUAUUCCUCUAGUAGGUAAUCCGACGAUUAUGUGGAUGUUUGUGGGGCUUUGUGGGGGGUCUUUUGGCGCGGGAAUAUUGUUUUGGUGCAUUUAUCAUGGGUUAGAUAGGCAGGAGGAUGAACUUAAUGGUUUGGAUGCGAAGGCCGAGGAGCAGGAGUUGAGGGAACGUAAUAAUAUGCCGGCUAAUGUAUAG